AUGAGAAUGAAGAGUGUGGUAGCUCUGCUGGUGUUGCUGCACUGCUGUCUGUCUGGAGCCCAGGUCCACAAAGACAGAGACAGAGUCAGUGUGAAUGAGAUCCAUCAGUUUGACUAUGAGGAUGGAGAGAGCAGAGGGAAUGACAUUCAGGUUGACAAACAAAGAGCGGAAGCUGCAGCCACAACACACAGCCAGCAAACCUGCCAGCCUGACAUCCACAUUGUGCUGAGAGAGAUGAACACCAUGAUGGUGGAGCAGAGAGUUGAGCUGAGACACACGAAGACUGAACUGGGAGCCAUGGAGGCCCGACUGAGAGCCAGUGAGAGCCAGGUGGAGGAACUGAAAUCCAAAGUGGAGGAACAGACUAGAAGGAAUGAAGCACAAGCAGUGGAACUAAGCUCCAUGGAGACUCGUUCUAACAUAACUGAGAGCCACGUUGAAGUUCUGAAGAGACAUAUUGAAGACAUAAAGGUGGCUUUCUCCGCCUCACUUGGAGGACCUGCUUUUAGUGGACAAGUUGGACCCUUCAACACUGGAACCACCCUGGUCUACAGAAAUGUCUACACAAAUAUUGGCAACGCUUAUAACCCCACUACAGGGAUCUUCACAGCACCAGUGAGAGGACUCUAUCUGUUCAGGUUUUACAUCUUUGCAUGGGGUGAUGAUUCAGUUCCUACAACCACGGCCUUGUUUAAGAAUGGACAUCAAAUAGCUAUGGCAUUUGCUCGCCAAGCUGCUGGUAGUGUUAAUUCCUCCAAUGGAGUGUCACUGCUGCUGGAGGUGGGAGAUGUGGUCUACGUGCAUCUCUGGGCUGAGCGGCAGAUAUUUGACAAUGUAAAUCGCCUCAGCACCUUCAGUGGUCACCUGCUUUUCACGAUGUAAGAGGAUUGUUGCAGUCAUUUUAUUUCAAUAUCAAAUCAUUUCUGGGUGACAAUGAAGUACCUUACUGUGAUAGAUUUCAAUUAUAAUGGGCAACAAUUGCUUUUUAGCAGAAAACUAUUUCUCAAGCAAGACGUUUGCUUGGUCUGUGUGUGGUCUGAGUAGAGAAGAGAAAACUGAAAACUAGAUUUUAUUGGCAGAGGUUUGUAACUCUCUUUGUUAUUGGUCUACUAUUAUUAACCAAUUUACUGCAUGGUGAUGUCACCAUGGAAAGCUGAAACUCCCUACCUGAACUUAUCCAAUAAGAAACAUUUGUUUUUUCGUUUUCUGUUGCAAAACGUUUUGUUACAGUCUAUGGUAAUGAAUACAACCCCGGCCUACUCUCUGAAUAACACCACCACCAUGACCAUACAGAGCUCUCAACCCAGCGCAACCAGACCAAACCCAAGCCUCAUCUUCCUCUAACACGUGGUCAUUCACAGCACACCUCAGAUUCCAUCUCCCACAGACCAAACCUGUAUGAAUACAUGGCAAAAACAAAGGUGGACUUAUUAUCCACGACCAAUAAACCAACCAAGUUGAGACUCUUUGCACUUAGCUGCAAACAUGUAUGCUUCCCCCCUCCUCUUCUCACCAUGGCUGGAUUUGUGGGACUUUCUGCCAAAGACAAAAAUACAAAAAUCCACUUCUGUCUAUACACUGGAUUUCCAUGGCCAGCACCUGAGUUAGCCUCUCGCCUGAAUAGACUGGCCGAAUGGAGGAUACUGUCCAGAUGGAGCGUUGAAGAGCAGAGGACAGACGAUAUAUUAUGGGUAGGUUGGAGUAACAAACAAAUGUUCAGGAGAGGUGGGUCUGUCAUACAGGCCAAAGUAGUGCUGAGGAGUAUUUCUGUCUGUAAUAAAGCCCUUUAUGUGGGGAAAAACUCAUUCUGAUUGGCUGGGCCUGGCUCCCCAGUGGGUGGACCUGGCUCCCAAGUGGGUGGGCCUAUGCCCUACCAGGCCCACCCAUGGCUGUGCCCCUACCCAGUCAUGUGAAAUCCAUAGAUUAGGGCCUAAUGAAUUUAUUUCAGUUGAGUGAUUUCCUUCUAUGAACUGUAGAAUCUUUGGAAUUGUUGCAUGUUGAGUUUACAUUUUCUUUCAGUAUAUAUGAACUAUUCAGGGUUGCAAGAUUCCAGUAACUUUCCCAAAACUCCCACGUUUUUCAGAAAUCCCCAGAUAUUCUGCAAUGUCCUCUUAAUUCCUGGAACAUUCAAACCAGGAUUUUUGGAAAACCUGGGAAUUUGGGGAAAGUUACUGGAAUUUUGCAACCCUAGCACUAUUAUAUGAAUUGGGGUUCUGGAAGUUUACCUGUAUUUUCAGUAAAUGGCAUAUUUUGAAUGUAAUUAUUUCCCAAACUAGAUGCUGUUUAUGACUUCAUUGUUAGAUUGGAAUAAAAGCCUCCAUUGAGACCCUGUAAAAACCUGUGGCAGUCUUGUUUUAUCAUAAGUUCAUGCAAAUUAAUUCAGUCAUUGCUGCAUCUCUCGUCUGACACACGCACACACACAUUUCUGCACACGUGAGAACUGAUACCUUCAACCAAAAACGUGCACGUUUCCGCCAUCCAUGCACACAAGGCAAAGUUCAUUCAGAUGGGGCUUGUUGAGACUGUAUAUCAUGAUAUGAGUUUUUACGAGGGCACAUCUCUUUUUGUUGAUCGUAAACAUUUUAAAAAAAUAUGACAAAAUAAUUCCUAUACUUCCACACCUAAUGAUUAGAAUACAAUUUUUUGAAAUGAUAAGAAAACAACUUAAAGGCAAAGGUUGAUUAUUGUUAAUGUGGUCUUGGGUAUACGCUUCUUGGCAUUCUUUGUUCUUUUUUUUGUGUCACAUGGUUAUCCUUGGACCAAAUCAGAUAAAAGUAAUCGUGGUGAAUCAG